AAGACUGCAGCAAAAAAUCAAAGUAAAGAACCAAUGGGAAAUGUUGAAGUGUCUCCAGAAACAGCCUUAAAUGAAAAAAGAACAAAAACAAACAAGAAGGCAAAAAAUGAUCACGAGGAAGCAAAAAAGGAACGAGAAAAGGAACGUAGGGGACUUGCAGACAAACAGCGUGUCCAACAAGGCCGGGAGAUAUUUGAAAAAAAUGAAGCCGCUAGAAAUGCUGAAGUUUUUCCUGGACAAUCAAAAGAAACAACCUUAAAUGGUAGGAGAAUCGAGGGAGAGAAAGCUGCAGACAGCAAUAUUCUUGGCUGUGUGGGGCAGACAGUAGAGAACAAUUCAAGAGGAUUUGCACACGGUGCUGAGGAAAAACGACAAAAUGUAUCCUCAUCUGAAGAUUUCAACAAACCGGAUGAAGAAGAAGAAGAAGCAGAAAAAGAAGCGGAAAAAGAAGAAAAGAAGCUAGCAAUUACAAACUCUACAUCCGGGAAUAAUCAACCGCACCCAAGCCCACAUAGAGAAGGAUUUGCAUACGGUAAUGAGGAAAAGCGGUACAAUGUACCCACAAAACAAGAUUUCAACAAACCGGAGGAAGGAUUUGCAACAGAUAUUGAGGAAAGGCGGGACAAUGUACCCAAAAAAGAAGAUUUCAACAAACCGGAGGAAGACUUAACAGAAGUUAAUUCACAGAAGUAAAGUGUUGAAGGCUUCUCUUUUAAAAACAACAACAACAGAAAUGCUUUGAAGGAGAUUUAAGACUAGAAAUAUUUAGAUUAGAAAAAAAUUACCAGAGAUAAACAAUGAGAUAUAUGUCCAUCUGGUAAAAACAUAUCUAGUUCAACAAACGUGUGUGCAAAACAACCUGCAAUGUGAUUCGCUUUGAAUAUUUAAAUUUUGUCAUUAAUAACAGUUACUUUAUAGGUUUAUAUAACAAUCGAAGUUGAACAAUUUCUAGGGAUCUUGUUACCGACCAAAUGCACUGCAUUAUUAAAAUAAAUGCAAAGAACGAGGGCGCUUUUAAUAGGCAUUCGGUAGGAAUCUGGGUUUACUUGAGAAAUGAAAAAAUAAUAAUUUUAUUGACAUAUCACAUGAAAUGUUAUCUUUUUUUAUUUAUCUGGUUCCUGUGAAAAGGGAUAUAGUGAGUUUAGUUUUGCUGAAAAAUAACUUAAAAACUGGCGAGAUCAGACCUUUUUGCAAAGAAUGGGACAUUUUUAAACGUGUGCACGUUCUAAUUUCUUCUUUCUCUUUGUUUUCUCGCAAUGAUCCUUAAACCUAUUUGUGUGCAUUUUCAUUCAAAGAAACGAUGGUAUAUUUGUAAAACGUGGUAAAUAGACACAGAGACAAUACAAAAUGGGACAUUUUUAAACGCUUGCACGUUCUAAAUUUUUUCUAUCUUCUGGUUUUUGUCUCCAUGAUUCUUAAACCAAUCGACUGUUUUGUCAGUUUCAUUUUAUGUACUGAUUUAUGAAAAUUUUGAAGUAGAUAAAUUUUAGUUCAGUUAAGCGAGAGCGAAGUUAAUUUAACUCUUCUAUUCUUCUUAAAAUGUGAUGUAUAUGUACUCUUAUCAUAAGGCUUUUUUCUUGUAAGGGUUCAUUUUUUGUGGAGCAUUACUAUGAUUUUGUACUUCUUAAAAAGUGUAUUCUGAUUCUAUCAAAAAGGUUUGUAUUAAAAGACAAACCUUGUGAAAUUGUAAUGAUACUGUAUUUAAAGAAAAUGUGUGUUUUUGAGAACCUUCAUUAAAGAAUAAAUGAAUGAGUGUACUCAGCUGCGAUCUAAACACUCUUUUUUGCUCUUCUCAGACAUUUAAAUUUGCUGGUUUUGUCACAUGCGUCUUAUUAUAAUUUUGUU